AGCAAAGUUUUUUUGUAAACCGUCUGCAAAGGCGGGGGGGCGAAGAAGGCGCCCGACACCGGGCCGAGUGCAGAUGCUGUGGCCGCCGCCUUUUUAGCCGCCCCGGCGUCGGCUACUCAAGUCGAACCACAGCCGGGCGACGUGCGGAGAGGAGACCUGCGCUGAAAGCCUGCAGAUGCUCGGAGCCUUCGCAGCGCGGAGCUGCCUGUCGCCCGCCCCCGCUGACCGCCAGCUCUCGCUCCUGGUCGAGCUCUUGGUCCCCAGGCUCCGGUAACCCCAGCUCCCCAACGCCGCCACCUCCGCCGGCCCGCUGCGGGUGUGGAGGCUGCUGGGGCUGAGCCGGGCCUCCGCUCCGGCUCCGAAGACGGGCGCCUGAGGAGCUGCGCGCCGCCGGCCCGCCGGGGACGUCUACAGGCGCAAAGGCUUGUCGGCUUGACCCGGGGCUCACCUCCAUCCCGCCCCGGAGGCCCCUCAGCGGCCAGGCUCGGGUGGUGAGAGCCCCGCGCCGUCCUCCUUCCUUUGCGGGGUCGUAGAACGACCCUCGGCGCCUCGUAGCCACCGCCUCCCAAGUGUCCGGGCUGCGCUUGGCGGGCCCCUAGCCGCAGCCAUGGGGUGCUGGGGUCGGAACCGCGGCCGGCUUCUGUGCAUGCUGAUGCUGACCUUCAUGUUCAUGGUGCUGGAGGUGGUGGUGAGCAGGGUGACCUCGUCGCUGGCGAUGCUGUCCGACUCCUUCCACAUGCUGUCGGACGUGCUGGCGCUAGUGGUGGCACUGGUGGCCGAGCGCUUCGCCCGGCGGACCCACGCCACCCAGAAGAACACGUUCGGCUGGAUCCGGGCCGAAGUGAUGGGGGCUCUGGUGAACGCCAUCUUCCUGACUGGCCUCUGCUUCGCCAUCCUUCUGGAGGCCAUCGAGCGCUUCAUCGAGCCGCACGAGAUGCAGCAGCCCCUGGUGGUCCUCGGGGUCGGCGUGGCGGGGCUGGUGGUCAACGUGCUGGGGCUUUGCCUCUUCCACCAUCACAGCGGCUUCGGCAACAACUCCGGCCACGGCCACUCGCACGGGGGUCACGGCCACAGCCACGGCCUCUCCAAGGGGGUCCGCGGCAAGAGCAGCCGCUCCGGGGACAGCGAUAAUAACAUGAGCCCAGGCAACCAGAGACCUGACCAGGAGGAGACCAACACCCUGGUGACCAAUAGUAGCAACUCCAACGGGCUGAAACUGGACGGGACAGAUCCAGAAAAGUCCAGAAAUGAUGGAACGGAAGUACAAGUGAAUGGGAAUCUUAUCAGAGAAGCUGAUCAUAUGGAAUUGGAAGAUGACGAUGAUGAUGAUAACACCGCACAACUUAACAUGCGUGGAGUUUUUCUGCAUGUCUUUGGAGAUGCUUUGGGUUCAGUGAUUGUAGUAAUUAAUGCCUUGGUCUUUUACUUUUCUUGGCGAGGUUGUCCUGAAGGGGAGUUCUGUCUGAACCCAUGUACACCUGACCCGUGCAAAGUGUUUAUAGACAUGAUGAAUCGUACUCAUUCUCCAGUUAAUGAGGCUGGUCCUUGCUGGGUGCUGUAUUUAGAUCCAACUCUUUGUAUUGUAAUGGUUUGUAUACUUCUUUACACAACUUACCCAUUACUUAAGGAAUCUGCUCUUAUUCUUCUACAAACUGUUCCUAAACAAAUUGAUAUCAGAAAUUUGGUAAAAGAACUUCGAGAUGUCGAAGGAGUUGAGGAAGUUCAUGAAUUACAUGUUUGGCAACUUGCUGGAAGCAGAAUCAUUGCCACUGCUCACAUAAAAUGUGAAGACCCAACAUCAUACAUGCAGGUGGCUAAAAUCAUUAAAGACGUUUUCCAUAAUCACGGAAUUCACGCUACUACUAUUCAGCCUGAAUUUGCUAGUGUAGGCUCUAAAUCCAGUGUAGUCCCUUGUGAACUUGCCUGCAGAACUCAGUGUGCUUUGAAGCAAUGUUGUGGGACUCGGCCACAAGCCCACUCUGGAAAGGAUGCAGAAAAGGCCCCAGCAGUUAGCAUUUCUUGUUUAGAACUUAGUGACAAUCUAGAGAAGCCCAGGAGGACUAAAGGUGAAAACACCCCUGCUGUCGUGAUAGAGAUUAAAAACAUGCCAAACAAACAACCUGAGUCAUCUUUGUGAGUCUUGAAAAAAGAUGUGAUAUCUGACUUUUGCUUUAACCCGCAAGAGGAAAAAAGACUCCAUUGAAAUUCUAAGUUUGCCAAGUAGUGUAAUUGAAGUCCUUGUCUGGUCACACAGCUUAAUUCUAUUUUUGUAAGAACAUAAUGGGACUGCUUAACAGAGUUCUAUAUUACAACUUUGUGAUUCUUAGUGCAGAGUACAGCGAUGCUGUAACACUUUUUGGAAAGCCAGUUUUAACACUAUGUUACAUUUUUGUUUAAAGUAAGUAUAAACCUUAUAUAACAAUGACAUUUGAUUUCCAGUUUUUUCCAUGGAGAAAAAUAAAUUAGGGGGAUUAAUAAAUUAAAAUCGUUACUGGAAUUUCUCUGCUUUUCUUUUCCCCCAGUGUUAUGCUUUGUUUGUUAGAGUAUAAUUACUAGACUUAAAAACCACCAGCUUUUUUCCUUUGAUACUUAGGUAAUAUUUACUUGCUUUUUAAGAUCAUUACAUAGCAUAAUGGCAGCAUAUUUUAAGAGUGACUUGUGGAUAUUAAUAGGAAGUUUCGUUUUUUCUUCACAUGGGUUAUUUAUAAUAUAUCAGUUAUUACCCUGUAUUCUAUAUUGCUGAGUAUUAUUCUAAUAAACAGUGAGAAAUAGCAAAUUGAACUAUAGUUUACACAUAGUAGGGCAUAUGGGGAGUAAGAGCAGAGAAGAAUGUUUACCAAAUUAAAUAUUUAGAUUAUUGUAAAGUAAUACUGAGACUACAUUUCUAAAUUAUUCUGAGAAUUUGAACAUGCUUUCUCUUACCGAAGUUAGUCUAAAACGUGGACGUGCUCACCAGCAUUACCUUCUUGGAAAGAUUAGCAUCACAAACACUGAACUGAAAGUUUGCUCACAAAAUAUAUACAAUGAAUGUUUUUAAGGACAUUCAACUCAGUCUAAUAAUUGCAUAUUAAAUACAGGCUUAUUAAUGGAAUCUUCCAAAUUGUUGGUGUUUAAAAACACUUUUUGCAGCAAAGUCAUCUCCUAGUGACCCAUACGAAUGGAUUCAAAUGCAGCUUUUCAAACAACCAGCAAUGUUUGUGUUUUGCCAAGAGCCACUGACUUGGGAGAGAAAAGAAAUCUGAAGACUAAUGCAAUUUGUAUAUUAAAUUCUUAAAAAGCAAAGUGAGUUAAGGCCACAUUAAUAAUUAAGAUUCUGUAAGUCAUCCUGUCUUGAUAGCGCUCAGAUCUUCCAAUAAUGGCUUAUUUUGCAAGAGGCCACAAAACCUACACAGGAAAUUGUUCUUGGCUUUUUGUUGUUGCUAUGGAUUUCAAAUCCAUACCCAAAUAUUAUUUAAGGGUAUUUAAGUUAUAUUUUUUUUUAUAUAGAGGGAUUAUGCUUUGUGAAGAAACUGUAGAUUUUUGUCCUCAGAAGAAUGAAUGUUAAUAUCAGUUAUCACGUAUAGCUCUAUUUUUCUAGAAACAAGGUAUCCUGACUACUUCAGUGACUUUUAUAGCUGACUACUUUUGGGAUGGCAGCCUUUUGGAAUUUGAAAUAAUUCAUUGUUUAAUGGGUCUUAAGAUGAAAGCGCUGGCCUUUGACAGUUAACUUUUUAAAAAGUUUUAAAGGGACGAUCUUUUGUGGUAGAAGGUAGGGGUUUUUUUCUAGGGUGAGCCUAUUGCUGGCAAUGGGCCUAUUUAAGAACAGCUGAUUUUUCCCAUGAGAGUGAGGUAAUUUUAGGAACACAGUUUGUAAGUUCACAUUUACUAGAAUGGGCCAAAACCCUAACCUGCCAAUUUGCAAUGCAUCUUGAUGUUUUAAUACUCUUACCUGACAUUGUGGGAUUUAGUUCCUAAGCUGGUAGUUCCUUUGAAUUUGCAAAAAAAAUUUUUUUAAAUGUGAGAUGGAGUGAAUAAGAGAAAGCUUCAAAUUAUACUAUUUCACGUACAUUCCUGAUUUAACACUUCAAGCUACAAAAUACUAAGAUCUCAAAACAGUUUGUUAUAGAAACAUUUCAGCAAUGAUACAAUAGGAUAACUGGUAAAAUACUCUCAAUGAGGUUUACUUGACAAAUGCUUUUUUGGGGUCUUUUUUUAAGUUUGUAUAGUGUGUAAGACAUAACUGAAUGAGGAUUUUUUUAAGAGGGUGUGUAACCUUGGAACAAGGGCUAUUUUUUUUUUCAAGAGUGCUUUGAAGGGAACGGCCUUUGGAUGUCAGUUCACUUAUCAUCUUUAAGUAGCUUGUGUGUCACGAAGGGGUACCACGGGAAGCUUCUCUUCAAAGGACAUUGUCAUAGCAUGAUCAGUGGCCACUGGCUCACCUUUUGAGUUUUAGCAGAGAAUUAUUUAUUUCUUUACAAUGCACUUUCUAACCCAUUUUUAGCUAUAUUAGCAUUAUCUUUUAAAAUGCUUUCAUAUUUAAAUAUUGUGGGAUUUAAGUGUCUCUUUCCAAAAUAGUUUAUCCUGUCCUCAGAGAAAGUGAGGGAAAUAUCCUGAAUUAGGAGACUUAAACCCAAUAUUUAAAUACGCUGUUUUAUAAUACUGCAUCGGUUUUAGGAGGUGCACCUCUCCUGCUGGCUCUUUUGUAUUUGAGCAAGAUCAGUGUAUUUAGAAUGUGUUUAGCACCAUGUCUGUUGUCUUGGUUUACUGAGAAGGCGCUGCAUGUGCCUGAAUUCAGACCAACCCAGAAGUUUUUCCAAGCCAAACGCAGCCUUAGUGAUGAGAGAUUUAAUUCUCCACCGUCACCUUUUCGCUUACAUGAUUGUUUUGGGAGGUGGGGUGGGGUAGAAGGGCAUUGUAAAAGUAUCGACUACAACCUACAAAAAAAAAAGGUCAAAAAACUCAAAAACUUUGCUGUAUGUAUUUUAACGUUUUAGAAAACAAUGUAUGACUAACUAAGGUAUGUAGUUGGAAUAGGAAAAAUUUCCAUCCAGAGCACCUUUGGAAAAUCCCAAUAGGUAGGAGACUAUGUUAGCGUUUUGUGUCUUGUUAACAUCCUUACUUUAAUUUUGAACUUUUGAAAGGUUUGAGGGAAAAGGCCUAUGGAACCUAAUGUGAAGUAUUUAGUAGUAUUGAGUUGAUUGAAGAUUUUUACUGUUUCUAAGAAGAUAUGAUGUCAUUUACCUGCUGUCUUAAGAUGUUCACAGACAUAAAUGUGGAGAAUAAUUCUACAAUAUAGAACUAUUUAUUUUAAUAGAGUUUCAGUUAAGUCAUGAAACAGUGUUAAAACUCUUGGGAAGUUGGAGGGGGUUCUUUUUGUUUGCUGGUUUUUAGAUUGAAACUGUCAAAUACAGUGUUUGACCCUCUGAUAUGGAAAUUGUAAUAGCACUAUUUUGAUGUUGCCCUACCAGUACUGUGUGGCAAUGCUGUUUUCUUUUACUAACAAGCUCUGGAAUACUUAGCAGUCAUUUUCACUGGCACAGGAGCUGUUUGUAUGUCAUUCAGUUUAAACUUUCAAACCAAAAACUUUAUGGUCCAGUGUCUUUGGCAAAAAGAUGCUGAAGGGAAUGUAACAUAAAAUUCAUAUGUGGUUAUAUAUAAAGAGACACCCAUUCCCGCGUCAUGGUUCUGCCUUGAAACAGCACAAUGAAGUGUAUCAGCGUAUUCCGUGAUUCCCUAUGGAACUUCCAUGUUGUGGUGUUUUGUGUUUGCGAUAGCCUGCCCUUCGGGCCAGACGUGGCACAGUGAAAUGCAACCAUCAUCUCAUUAAAUGCAGAUGCACAUCAAAUGUCUUUAGUGCUGCAACAUUUUACCUAAUCUUUUUGUAUGUUUUAUGACUGUGCAUUGUUUUCCAAAGCUGUUCCUACCUCACCAUGAGGCUUUAUGGAUUGUUAUGUAUUAUAAAUGUUCUUUAUGAGACAGACUACUGUUUCUUCUCAUUUAUUAAAAGUCAAGUAGAAAAAUAAAUUAAUUUUUAAAUAUC